AUGUUUGAAAUUCAUGAACUUGUGCAGUGGUUAGGUUUAGCUGAAUUUGAAAUAUUUACGAAUUUAGUUGCACUAUUUAUAUUUUCCAUAAUCCUUGCGGUACGACUAGCCGGAGAUGUAUCCGAAGAAUCAAUGGAUUGGUUUACCGUUUUCUCGCCACUUUUUUGCGGUGACAUUUGCAAUAGUUAUUUCAGUAUAAUAGUUGGCAUUCGUAUGUAUUUAGAUAAUGAUAACAAACGGAAAGCGCUACAACGACUAUUGUGGAGUGUAAAAGUGCUGGUCUUAACGGGUGUUUUCAAAUAUUUGCUAUGUCUUAAAUUGUCCGGUGCACAAAAUCUAGAGUAUAGCGAAGUUUUUGCACCAAUUUUUGUACUACUUCAAUUGAUAGCCGUGCGUGCGUGUCAGCUGUCAAGUUCAUCGUAAAAUAUUUCGCUUCUAUAUUCUAAGCAUGUAUAAAACUGAUUCUAUGUUAAUACGACCACAUAAAAUAAACCAAACUGCACAUUAUGGAAUGAAAAUAA